AACAAACUAAAUGUAUACUAAAUGUAUUAAAGCUAGCCUAGCCAUACAAACCACCUAGCCAUACAAAACGAAAAUCUUUUUAGCUUCAUUGAGUUUGCGGUCUCUCUCAGACAUCAUUAAAUGCAUGCUUUUGAUUCCACAUUUAAACUUAGGGUCUUUCUGUAAUACACCCCCAGGGUCAGAGAGAGCUUUAUUUGAUAAAAACAUUUCUUAUUAAUAUCUUCAGACACCACACUCAAACAGUAGCAUCUCCCGUCUCCAGCUGUGUGUCUAUGAAGAGCGACAGCUCCAUGCACAAACCUCCUGCUUUUAGUGAUGCAUGCUCUGAUUCGAGCUCAGUUGAAGCUGCCGAAGUGCUCUGUUCUUCCUGCUGUGAGAGGAAGCUCAGGGCCGUGAAGUCCUGUCCAACCUGUGUUGCGUUCUACUCCGAGACCCACGUCAGACAACAUCAGACAGAUCCAGCCCUGCACGCGCCAGAGAAGACUGGAGAUCCGAAGCGGGACUCCCACCAGCCAGCGGGAGAUUCCUUGCAGAGAGUCAAAGACAAACACAAAGAUAGCAUGAGAAGGAAGUAUGAGAGCUUAUUUGAAGGAAUCAAAAUGCAAGACAACCAAACCCUCCUGAACAGGAUCUACACGCAGCUCUACAUCAUCGAGGGAGAACGAGAAGGAGUGAAUGAAGAGCAUGAGGUUUUACAAAUGGAGAAAACACCCAGACCGCAACAAGUGCAAGACACUCCAAUCAACUGCAAUGACAUCUUCGAUCCCUUACCUGAACCAGGCUACGAGAAGAAGAAAAGAAUGAGAAAAGACAAAAUCAAGACUGUUCUUACGAAAGGCAUCGCUGGCAUCGGAAAAACCGUCUCUGUGCAGAAGUUCAUUCUGGAUUGGGCUGAAGGGAAAGAGAAUCAGGAUGUGGAUUUCAUGUUUGUGCUCACAUUUCGAGAGCUGAACUUGAUUAAAGAUCACCAGUACAGUCUUCACAGGCUUCUGCUGGACUUUCAACCUGGACUUCACGAUCUGGAACCAAAGGUGUAUGAUCUAUGCAAAGUUGUGUUCGUUUUUGAUGGUCUGGAUGAAAGCAAAAUCAAACUUGAGUUUUCAAACCAUGAGAAAGUUUGUGAUGUGACCGAGAUUUCAUCACUGGGUGCGUUGAUGUCAAACCUUAUCGAAGGGGAUCUGCUUCCAUCUGCUCUCAUCUGGAUCACCUCCAGACCAGCAGCAGCCAGUCAGAUCCCCUCCAAAUACAUCGACCGUCUGACUGAAAUUCAGGGAUUCAACGAGCCUCAGAAGGAGGAGUAUUUCAGGAAGAGGAUCAGUGACCAACGUCAAGCCAGCAGAAUCAUCUCACACAUCAAAGCAGCAAGAAGCCUCCACAUCAUGUGCUACAUCCCCGUCUUCUGCUGGAUCUCUGCCACUGUGCUUCAGAACAUCAUGAAAACAGAUCACUUUGUGGAAAUCCCCAAAACUCUGACUGAGAUGUACAUACACUUCUUGAUUAUUCAGACCAAUAUAAGAAAUCAGAAGUACGAUGAGAAAGUUGAGUGCGACCCUCAGAAGCUACUGCAGUCCAACCGAGAAGUGAUCGUGAAACUUUCUGAACUGGCUUUCAAACAACUGAUGCGUGGAAAUAUCAUGUUCUACGAGGAGGACCUGAGGGAGUGUGGUAUGGACGUCACUGAGGCCUCAGUCUAUUCUGGGAUUUGCACUGAGAUCUUUAAGGAAGAAUAUGUUAUUUAUCAGAGGAAAGUCUACUGCUUCAUACAUCUCAGCUUUCAGGAGUUUCUUGCAGCCUUUUAUGUCUUUUACUCCUACAUUAAUACCACUUCUGAUGCCUUGAAGGUUUUUGAUUUACUUCAUAAUUUGCAUAAAGGAGCACUGGAUAAAGCUCUAAAGAAUGAGAAUGGACGCAUGGAUCUUUUUGUGCGGUUUCUGCUGGGCAUCUCUCUGGAAUCCAACCAGAGACUGUUACAGGGGCUGCUGGCUCACACAGAGAGCAGCUCGGAGAGCAUUAAAGAAACCAUAAAGUACAUUAAGGACAAAAUCAAAGAAUGGCAAAACACUCUUUCUGCUGAAAGAUCCAUCAAUCUGUUUCUCUGUCUGCUUGAAAUGAACGAUCAGACUCUACAGAGAGAAAUCCUGGAGUUUCUGAAAUCAGACAAACACUCAGAUAAAGAGCUGUCUGCUGCACACUGCUCAGCCAUAGCCUACAUACUUCAGAUUUCAGAGGAGGCGCUGGAUAAGCUGGACCUUAAGAAAUACAACACAUCAGAGGAAGGAAGAAGGAGGCUGAUACCAGCUGUGAGAAAUUCCAGAAAAGCCAUAUUUGCAGACUGCAAAAUCACUGAUCAGUCUUGUGAAACUGUGGCCUCAGCUCUACAAUGGUCAGACUGUCCCCUGAGAGAGCUGGAUUUGAGUAAUAAUGACCUACGGGAUUCAGGAGUGAAGCUGCUCUCUUCUGGACUGAAGAGUCCACAUUGUCGGCUGGAGAUACUGAGAUUAUCUGGCUGUAUGGUGACACAGGAAGGCUGUUUUUAUCUGGCUUCCGCUCUGAAGUCAAACCCAUCACACCUGAGAGAGCUGGAUCUGAGCUACAAUCAUCCAGGAGAUUCAGGAGCGAAGCUGCUCUCUGAGAGUAUGAACCGACCAAACUGCAAACUGGAGAUACUCAAUUUGGACCAUGGAGGACAUUUCAGAAUCACACCAGGACUACACAAAUACGCCUGUAAUCUCACGCUGGACAUAAACACAGCAAACAGUCAUCUCUCUCUGUCUGAGGGGAACAGAAAGGUGACGCGAGUGGAAGAACAGCUGCCUUAUCACGAUCUUCCAGAGAGAUUCGACUGCUUUGAGCAAGUCUUGUGCAGAGAGAGUCUGUCUGAACGGUGUUACUGGGAGGCCGAGUGGAGCGCGACGGGAGCUGGGCUGUCCGUAGCCUAUAAGGGAAUCCAAAGAACCGGAAGCGACUGUCGGUUCGGCCUCAAUGAAAUGUCCUGGAGUCUGAUCUGCUUCGAUAACAAGUACUCUGCCUGGCACGGCAAUAAGAGGACCAACUUACUCGCCCCUUCUCCCUCAUCGAACAGAGUAGGAGUGUAUCUGGACUGGCCGGCCGGGGAGCUGUCCUUCUACAGCGUCUCUGACACACACACACACACACACACACUCGUUCACUUACACACAUACCAUGCCACGUUCACUGAGCCCCUCUGUGCUGGGUUCAGGAUUUAUCCAGACUCUUCGGUUUCACUGUGUUAGAAGGAAGAGCUUCGUGAUGAAGCCUGUAUGUCUUCAGCUGCAAAACGUGGGACUGAUGACUAGGGCUGUCAAGUUGGCGGAAAAACUCGUUGCGUUAUAGUCAUAAUUUAUGUUAACUUUUGGCUUCUCUCCUGAGGCCACAAGGGGACGCAUUGGGAAUAAGGUUUAUAAACCAUAAAACCAUUUAUAAAUCAUUACGUUGUUUAAACGAUGUGAAUGUGUCGCUUAAUACAACGGACCGAAAACCGCUCACAAAGAGCACUUUCUUCAUUUAAAAACUAGAAAAUUAGAUUUUGACAGCUCUAGUGACAUCUGUGCCAAACCAGAAGUUUUAUUUAUAAAUGUCUGAUAUCUGCAAAACCAUUUUAAGUGUUUAACUGUGGAGCUGGACGACAACAAAACCUUGCCUCUGAAAGCUUGCUAACCCAAAACAGGAGCGGAACGAAAUGGAGAUGCAUGGAAACGAGCGGUGCUCAAAUCAAGAUAUCUCAGAGGAAGAAAUCCCACAGAAAUAACAGAAAUGACCUGCUCAGUUCAACCCCAGUCUAUCACUAUUUUUAACUCUUGGCUUAAUAAUCCUAGGAUUUACUAUUCACUUCUAUUUAUUUAUUUAUUUAGAAAAGCAUGUAUUAUGUUAGACUGAGUCAGUUACAUACGGUGUGCCUGUAUCGUUGAUUUUAUUGCUUCUGUUGUAAGUAUAAAGGCGAUUAAAUGUGAAUGUAAAUAUGAUGCUCAAAUGAAAGGCCAAGAAAAGAUUAUCAGAAAAGUCAAGAUAAACAAUGAAAGCAUAGUGAGUCAAUAAAUGUUAAUAAGUGGAUAUUGUUACACAGACUGACACGAAACAAACCUGCACUGGAUCGGAUCUAGAUUUGUAUUUAUGCAUUUAGCAGAUGUGACUUGCAAAAGUACUUCAGUAAUCAGUAUAGAGUUAAUUAGACAACCAACUUAAGUUACUUUACGUUGAUAUUAAGAAAAAAAGUGUGCAUGUGGUCAGAAAAAUGCUGUUUCAUCGUGUUAAUUCUACAGUGUUUUAUCUACAGCUGUAGGUCUGGGAUUAAUAAUUAAUAUGUUACUGAAUAACUUUGUUUUGAAAAUACUUUACUUGAAAAUACUUUAUUUUUGUUCUUGUUCAUUUUAUUUCUUAACUUUAUUUACAUCUGCAUAUGUUAAUAUUUAUGUUUAAUGUGUUUAAUAUUAAAUGUAAAGGAGCAAAGGAAAAUAUUUUGUGUGUGUGAGUGUGUGUGUGUGUGUUGAAAAUGAACCUGUGUGUUAUAACAGAUUAAA